AUGGCGUCGAUGUCGGAGAGAGUGGCCGCUCCAGAGUGGGCCGACUUCUGGAUCGCGCCGGGAAGCUCCAGGCUCGAUUCAAGGGAGCGUGGCGAUAGCGAGACGCCAGCUCCCACAAAAGCGACGACGGCGGAUGAGUCCGCCAACACUGUCGUUCGCAUCGACGAUGUAGAGACCGCGCGUGAUCUUUUCCGGUCUCAAUGGCACGGACAGGAAGAGUACGGCAACCUCGAGGAAGAUGGUAGGGGGACCAGCGACGACGAUGGCGACGAAGACGAUGAAGACGAUGACGACGAGCUCGAUGAUGACGAGGAAGACGACCGACUGGCCGGCAUCGAUGUGGAUGGCUUGUUUUCUGAGUGUCGCGCACAGACUCUGGAACCCGGGAUCACAAUCAGCGAGAGAAGUUUCGAACCUCUGUUGCCAAUGGAGAAGAAGACGCUUGCAAGAUGCUUGCGCAUGUCGGGCUUCACGCCUCCCGAACCGCAUCAGUACUUCUCCGCUGGUCAGGUGCGACCGAAUAGCAACCGCCACAGGCGUUUGAUGAUCGAGACCUUUACCAAUGGCGAAGGUCAAGUGAACAGCUGGAAGAGGAUGCCCAACGGCCUAACGAGGAAGGAUAACGAGGUAUACAAGGUACACUUCAAAUGCCUCUGUCGCCUCUUCUUGCCUAAUCGGCCGAUUGAAUGGCUUGUUACGCAGCUCACUUGGGGCAAGGACUUUCUCGACCUCGAAUCCGUCCAAAGAGAUGAUGACUGGUUCAAGGAUCGAACGGAGGGCGAAAAACACUGUGCGGAGCUACGGGCCGCUCUCUUUCCCAGGGCAGAUCCGUACGAGCUGGGCGUGGCCAUUGCAACGUACAAGGAGUACUGGGCCACCGAGAGCAUGUCCAUGGUCCAGCCGGUGUACUUCGACGAAACCGUGAUCCCUAACGACAAUGUCCUGGCGCUGGCGUGGGCGAUUGCCAAGAUGAAGCACUUUUGGCCCAUCGUAGCGCCCGUUCCCGAUGCCCUUUCCGUGCUACCCUAUCCUGGCCCCGACCCAGCGCUCAAGUCCGCAGCAGCACCAAGGACUAAAAGAAAAUACACUUCUAGGAAGGCCGCCAAUGCUGGAUCAGCAAAGGUCGAAGGAGAGGGCGAGAGCGAGAGCGAGGCUGCAGGACCAAAGGAUGGGGGAUUUAGGCACCCGUGCGGUCCCGAGGCGUGCGAAGACCUCAAGAGCAAGGCGAUGCGGCUAGCAUUCUUUGACGGGGACGAGGACUUCAAGCUUCCUCGGUGGCUGAGAAAGCUUGCCGCUCCACACGAGGAGAACACUGUAGAGCCAAAGCGGAAUCGCCACUCCGAGGGACGUCAACCUGCGAUGGAAGCUGCAAGCCGCGGUGCUCUAGACGUUGCGACAAAGUCUGCCUCGCCGAUGGGGGGUCCUCCAAUGGAGGAGGCCCACGUCAAUCGGGCUACCUCGAUGCCAGUGAUGCCAGCGGAGGAUCGAUUCCAAGAGGCGACGGAAGAGAAAGAAGCAGCAGAUCACGUUGAUGCGAGUCGGUGCUUGCCAAUGCAGGUGGAUGAGAAGGCAGACGAAGGAGACAGGCGUGAAAGAACAUCAGAGACUCCCUCGGAGGCAAAGGAAGCAAGGAGAGGCCGAGGCAGGCCUAGAAAGGUCGAUGCCGACGGUGAGCCAGUGUCGAAGCGAGCUUUGGCCGAAAAGCAAAGACGGUUGAAGAAAGAACGAGCGAUGGCCCUGGCCGCAUUGGCCGCUCAAGGGCAACACGAUGCCGAAGAUGCUCAGACGGAGGCGAUGAGGAAGCGGAGGAAACGCAAGUCUGCAAGCGAAAUGGCCCAAGACAGAGCAGAUGCCAAGUGGCGAAAUUCGAUCACUGGAGGUGACGAGGAGGCCCUUGCCGCUCUCGUCUACCUGGAGACUGCAUUUGCGGAUCUACCGGGCGUCGACCCCAGCUUUAAAUUCCUUGCCGGCGAUGUCAUGGCCGACAAGUUCUUCCUUCUCACCAGAAAGGGCUUCUUUACAAGAGCGCAGAAAUUCGACCCUUACCGUCACAUCAAGGUUGACUACGAUGGCAACAUCCUCGCCGGGCCCAGGGUCGGCGAGGAUUUCGAGAUUCCCCAACAUGUCCUCGACCAGCUGGCCAAGUGGAAGGCCGAGCAAGAAGGGGUGCCUGACGAGGAGCGUAGGCUGCCCAAGAUGAUCAAUCCCCAAGGGCGGCCGAGGCAUAAUGGGACCAGCAGGAUGGAUCAGUAUGCGGCGCACUCCUCGACCCCAGACGUGGCUCCUGGCCAGCGAUCAGACUCGGUCGCGAGCGACACAAAAGCCACAGAAACAUGGGCAAGAAAGCGUGUCAAAUCGGAAGAGACGGAUCGGACUUUGAUUCAAGACGACGACUACGACGAUGCGCUGAGCGUGGAUCCAGAUGCGACGCUGACGGAGCCAGAGGUGCCGCUCAAAGAACCCGUCUACGAAACAUUGGCACUGAAGACUUUGUCACUGGGAGAAGUCACCGUCGUUGUCGGGGAAGGGAGGUCAGUGGCUCAGGCGAAGGCGAGGGCCCAAAAGGAAAGGCACAAGAAGACUGGCAGGAAGUCGUUGGGACGUGAAAUCGGCCAGGUGGCAAAUGCUUCAAAUGUUGGACGAGCCAAGCUCGUUCAAGAAAGGGAUCGAUCGACGGUCGUCAAGGAGUCUUCAUCCCUCUCUCCCCCGCUCGGUCCCUUUGCACCUUCCGCCUCGGGAGGACAAUGCCCGGACGACGACGAAAAAGAAGAAAAGCGAGACAUGCACACCAGCGCCACCGCUGCGGUGUGCUCGUCGAAGGAGCCAAGCGUCGAAGUCCACGCUGACGCUGCUGCAGCGGCUCGCGGCGAAAAAGCUGAAGGUGCCCCUUUGUUCCACGGCGAAGAUGGGUCGAAUGAGGACGGCACUGAGACUAGUGCUUCAACAACGACGAGCCAGAACAAGGCAGAUGACGGUGGCGAGGUCGAACGCAUCAGUGCCGCUUCAGCCGCAGAGACGACCACCAUUCCCUGCUCGCCACCAUCUGCCAAGGCCUUGAUCGAAGUGACGACUUCUCACGAGGAUGCGCCGUCGACAAUAGUUCACGGCCCACCACCAGUCAUGGAGGACAAGGCGACAGCGGAAGAGCACAUAACGUCGUCAGAGCCAUUACUUGAAGACCCGCCCCAGGAGCUCAAAGCUGUGCAGAUGGUCGCGAUUCUGUCUCCUCAGGAAUCCACACACGAGAAUGAGAUCAAUAGCUCAAGCUUAACGCCUUCAGGGCUGGGCCCAUCGGUCAGGGAGCUGUCACCUUUAGAGAAGCCAACGAAUCCGAACAAAAAGAAGAGAGCGCUGGAGAACGACCGCCUACUUCCCAUCCUCACACGGAGCUCAUCUCCCGAGGAGCAUGCUCCAGCCAAGAAGAUGACCAGGCGAACGGCAGGCGUGCAAAUACUGAAGCCCCCAAUGCCGUCCUUCUGGCAAAUCAAGCAGAACAGGCAGCAACCACCGCCCGCCUGA